UUUGUAUUACAAUAAGUUUGAACCAUGUUGACUCAAAGGGAUUGAGAGAUUAAAUACAUGUGGAACGACUGACGUUUCGAUACUAGGGACGUCACAGGAGGAACUUGACAGGUCGUUAUAAAUCCUGCCUGCUGUUCAGUCAAGUGUUCUGAAAGAAGUGAGCCGUCUGUUACAGUGCUGUUGGGGUCUUUACGCCCACCAUGCCAGCAGUCGCGGAGGAAGGAGCACCCGGUGAGGAGGAGCAGCCCCCGCUGAUCUGUUCUCCCGUGGGCCCGGAGCCCAGUCUGCCCGCUGCCCCCACAGAGGGCGCGGAGGAGCGGGCAGAGGAGCGGGCAGAGGAGGAGGCAGCGGCCCGCCCCCAGCACACCUCUGCGGAGCCCCCUCUGGACCAGUUCCGGAUCAGAAAGUUCUUCGUGUUGAGGCCUGGAACUCUGAGUCAGGGCGUGAGAGACGUGGAAGCUCUGGUGGAUGGAGAGGUGGAUGGCAGUGUUCGUGGCAUCUGGCUGAUGGCAGAGGUGGAUCACUGGAACAAUGAAAAAGAGCGUCUUGUCCUCAUCACAGACAACUCUCUCCUUGUCUUCAAGUACGACUUUGUCAUGUUCAACUGUGAGCAAAUCCAGAGGAUCGCGCUCAACUUUGUGGACCGCAUCUCCUGCGGCAAAUUCAGCUUCCCAAAGCACUCCCUGCUGCAGAGAGAUGGGGAGGGGGUGCGAGUGUUCUGGGACCGGCUGAGAGAGCCCUCCUUCACCUCCAGGUGGAACCCCUUCGCCGCGGACUUCCCAUUUGUCACGUUCACCCACCACCCCGUCAGGACCGUCAGCGACUCUUUCUCUGUUCUCUGCGACAUCCAGAAGUUUCAAGAGCAGCUCAGGGCUGCAGCGCAGAAGGUCCAUGCCGUGAAGCCGGUUCCUGGGAAGGCCAACGGCGUCAUGGUCCUGAACGAGCUCAUCCACAUCGAGGCCUACGUGGGCCUCAUGUCUUUCCUGGGGAACCAGAACAAACUGGGAUACUGCAUGGCUCGAGGAAACAUUGGCUUCUAACCAUUCUGCAUUUAUACAAGGUAGUUUUGUUGGAGAUACGUUUGUUCACAAAGAGUUUAUUUAAUUGUACAAGGAUGAUUUUUGAUUAGAUUUUUGUGUGUCACAUUGAAGCAUGGAUUUUCAGGAUGUUCUGUAUAAGGUUUGUAAACCCCCCCUGCUGCCCUCAAGGCGCUUUGUGUUUGCUCCUCAGUGAUAUGCUAAUCUAACUCGUUCACAAAGGGACCUCUGUUCUGUCUCUGUUAAAUGCUCAUUCUCAUGCCAUUCGGCCCCUCAGAGAUUCACAUUUUAUGCUUUAGUUUGAUCAUAUAAAGUGUGUUUUUACAGUGCAUACAGUGCUUCGUGUGUUGACUGUGUCGCUCUGCCUCUUAUUUGACAUCACCUGUUUCUCUGUUGAGCCUGAUAGACAAGAAAAUAAAGGCAUGCAUAUUUG